CACGUACCUCCGAAUUCUCCUAUUCUCGUCGCCUUAGCAUUCCCUUUCGCUAACCAAAAGCGCGUGUUGCGUGAGUCCAUGAAAUAAUAACACCACGAGUGUCUCGCGUUCUCCGCUUCCUACUCUUUCUUGCUAACCAAGUGGCAUUUUCGUGAUUCCGUUGAAUCUCAUCCACCUUAAUUCACUGUCCUCAUUAAGCUAGCUUGGGCACAUACUUUAAUCCAAGAAAUUGGCUAACCCUGUCCACUUCAAUUCUCUCUCUUCCAUUUUUUAAUUAAAAAAAAAAGACUUACCAGUCUCUUUCUUUCUUCUCUUACCUGAACGUUGGUUUCUCUAUUUCUUCCCUGUUACAUGUCCAAAAUUCCAAAUUUACCAUCCAAGUUCCAUCAAAACACCCAUCCUUACCCUCCAUUUUCGUGCUCGCAGAUUCCAUAACACCAUUCAAAUGUCCUCUUCACUUUGAUCAACAGCAAAAAAAAUACACCAAUUUUCUCCUCAUGCGAUGCGUAAAUAGAAAGAAAGACAAUGAAAAAGAGAGGAAGAAGAAGAUAGAUUUCAUUGGUGAUGGAUUUGACGGAAGGAGUCGGGGGGAGCUCAUCGCCUCCGAGAAGCUUCGGCAGCUUCAACAGCUACGAUGUCAGAAACGACGUUUUCAAUCGCUUAGUUGAAACCGGCCACGAAGAAGCUAUCACUUAGAUUCUUACUUCAAUCGCUUGCCUGCUAGUUAUGGUCUUAAUGUUAAUAUGGAUAGAGUGGAAGAUGUCUUGUUACAUCAGAAACUGCUUGCAUCAGCAAAGGAUCCGGAGAAGCGGCCGGUUUAUCAUAUCCGCUUCUUGGAGAGUUCACCGAAAGUCAAUGGCUAAGAACAAACAAGGAAGAAGCUCGUUUUAUAUGUGGUUUUUUUUUCAUUAUUGAUUUUGGAAAGUAAAUGUAGUUGAACAAACUAGACUGCAAUAUUAUAGUCAAAUCACUGUUUCAAAAUAAUAAUAACAAACCUUCAAGAAUCAUAUGCUCUAAAGUAUUUUAUACUUUUGCACCAAUGGUAUCACCUUGAGUUUAUUUUUGAUAUUUUCUUCAUAUGAUGCAUGAUUUUCCUGCCUUGUUUUCUUCCUUUUAGGUGUUACCAUGUAGAAUCUUUUCACCAAAGCAGAUGCUAAUGAUGACAAACAAUAUAUAAAUUCUUUUUCUGGCCAAAGGCCUUUUGAUGAUGGAGAUAGUGAAAAAGUUGUACCAUCACAUAAAAGAAGCAGGGAUCAUCCAGUUGACUUUGAACCUUGCUCUAAGCUCGAGUACCCAAAGUUGGAUGUCAGAAAGAAUUCGAAGUGUGUAGAGGAUACAUAUCUCAUGGAGAACUUUUCCAAAAGGCAAGAGAUUGUACAUACUUCUAUUCAUGAAGUGAUAUUUUCUACCACUGACAGACCAAAGCUAAUUGGUCAGCUUUCUGCGUUGCUUUCAGAUAUAGGACUUAACAUUUGUUAAGCACACGUGUUCUCAACAACUGAUGGCUACUCUGGAUGUGUUUGUGGUAGAUGGAUGGCCUGUUGAGGGAUCUCUGCUCAAUCCGAAUGUUGCUGACUUUGCAAUGUUGUGGUCAGGAUACAAAUGGUUUAUAUAAAGCUAUGGAAAAAGCAGUUGCUAGAAGCAAGGUAAACUUCGUCCAUGUGAAUUCUAUUUAUGGCUUUAUACGUUGUUUCCUAGUUUAAUUGCAAGAUUCUGAAAUUUGUAUCAAAUCCCAAGGAAGAAUCGGUGUUAAUGGUACAGGAUUGUAGUUUUUGCAAUGUGCUUGGCGUUGGACAUCUUAAAGCUAGUUAUUGUGACUACUAUAGCAACAAACUAAGCCUUAUAUCCUCUAACUUUGGGAGGUCAUUAUGACUACUGUUCACAUUAAAUUUUGAAAGGUUUAUUGUCUGCAUCUAUUUGGAAGUUCAAGUGGUUUAUAAAAAAACAGUUGAAGAUUUUUCACAUUUCAGUUGUAUCGAGCUCUUGAUCUAACCAUUACAAGAUUAGUGCAUUUGACAGUUGAUCUGUAUGUAAAUUUAUACUUAAUGCAUUUAGUUUCUUCAGCUCAUUACUAUUAUCUUCCUGUUGGAUUCUGAUGGAGCUCUCUCACAUUUAUGUUGCUUGCACUUUUUAUUUGCAUGACUUCCCCCUUUAUGUUAAUUAUGAAUGCCAAAAAGAUAUUUUAGCCUACGAUUCACUGGAAAUGGAGGGGUCGUUAUCUGGAUCUUCGCAUUCUCAUUCAGCUAUAAGUGAUACAUCAGCAACACAAGAAAAAUUCGGAGAUUGGGAGAUAGUUAGAAGACUUCUGAUGAUGGGAGAAAGAAUUGCAUCUGGAUCUUAUGGAGAUCUGUAUCAUGGUAUCUACUUUGGGCAAUAUGUUGCUGUCAAAAUUCUUAGAUCUGAGCAUUUGAAUGAUGCUCUGGAAGAAGAGUUUACUCAAGAAGUGGCAAUUCUACGUGUAUUCUCUCCUAAUAACCCCCUGGGACUCACCUACUACACCCACCCACGUACCCAAAAGAAAGAGGUUGUUAAGGUGGCAGAUUUUGGUGUUGCUCAGUUUCAGAACCAAGGAGGAGUAAUGACAGCUGAGACUGGGACAUUUAGAUGGAUGGCACCUGAGGUCAUAAACCAUCAGCCAUAUGAUCAGAAAGCAGAUGUAUUCAGUUUUGCUAUUGUACUGUGGGAGCUGGUUACAGCCAAGGUUCCAUAUGAUAACAUGAGUCCACUGCUAGCUGCCUUGGGAGUAAGACAGGGCUUGCGUCCGGAUCUUCUCAAGAACGCACAUGCAAAACUCUUAAGACUUGAUGCAGUGAUGUUGGGAAGCAGCCCCUGACAAGCGACCUUCCUUCUCUGAGAUAACAGCUGAACUUGAGAUACUUUUUGAACAAGUUGAGGAAACAAGCAGUGAAUGGCAACUGAAGAUUUUGGUUAUCUAAGUAGCUUGAUUGACACAUUUGAAGAUUUCUUUUCAUCGGAUAGUUAUUGAGGUCUUAUAUUGUAUAAUCGAGGGAAAGGGAAUGCUGAUAUGUAAAUUUUUUUUCCUCUAAUGGUGGUGUCAACUCUCUUUUUUGAACAUGGUGUAAAAAGACAAACGCUACAAGCAAAUAUGAUACCAAAUCUCCAUGGUAGACAAUGCGGUUGGUAUUCUAUCGUUCUGUGAGUAGAGGAUGAGGAAACAUGGGGUUUAAAGGCAAGUUAAUCAGCCAAGAAUUUUCUAAAAAGAAGGCGAAGAGGAAAAACUGUCCGAACCGAGUCGUUUGCCUAUAGUCGAGGCCUCAGCU